AUGACGACCGAUGAUGUCACCAUCGUCUACAUAAGAGUCUGACUAACGAUGGGGACCCUCACUCAGGGAAGUCCAAAGCGGUCGUCAUGGUGGCUUGAAAGCCAUCCGCUGUGCCACCGCGUUGGAUGCUUCUGCAACCUGCGGUCAUGUCGGCCAUCUUGGCGUUGAUGCUAGCCGUAGAGUUGGCUCACGGACGGAGAUUCCCGCUCCCGCAGAUGCCUGUGAAGGACGGCUGCUUCGUGGUGGCGCCCGAGUUGGAUCUCUUCCGUCUGGAGGGCGAGGCGGUCACCGUGUCUUUUCCCGCCUUCCGGAAGGCACUCAAAGUACGCCGCAUUGAGCCACCAGACGCCUCCUUACGCAUCUCGAAGGGCAACCGCACCCACGAUGCCGGAGAGGGCCGAAUGCGGCUUCUCGGCCCGGAAUUGUGGCUCCUUCCGGCCUGGCGCUCGGACUCUGGAGAGUACACCUGCACUUACAGAAACGCAACAUACUGCAUCCAAGGUCGCGUGACGCUGUGGGUGUACGCCGCUUUAGCAGCGGGCCUGGACAACCUUUCAUACGAGUACGACGCCACGCUGGGAGAAAACGUGACGCUCAGAUGUCCCGUGAAGAAACGCUUAUCCCACACGCGUUUCCAGUGGUACAAGGAGGACUCCAGCGCCAUUGGCCUCCAGGCCCACAGGGGGCGCUCCCUCCAGGGAGACACGGGAAAACUGCGGAUCCCGGAAGUGCAGUAUUCCGACAGCGGUUUGUACACGUGCCGGCUGAGCGUUCUGGUCGAGGGCAGCGAGUUCCCACUCACUCGUACCAUCCGACUCCUCGUCAAAGAGCCCGAGUUAGCCACGGUGCUAACGCCACCGCUGAUCAUCACGCCGUUGAACGGAAGCGUCCACGAGGCCUCACACGGUUCGGAACUGGAGCUCAAGUGCACGGCGCUGACGGCGUGCGAGUCCGAGCGUCAGACGGCCGUGUGGUGGUCGGCGGACGGCGUCCAGGUGGACGCGUCGCGCCUGAACGGACGAGUGCUGCAGGGCGGGAGGAGGGAAAGCCGCGUGGCGUCGGGUUGCCUGGUGGAGGUCAGCCUGGUGGUCGCGGGGAUGACGGAACAAGAGGAAGGGGCGGAGCUAACCUGCGUGGCUCAAAAUCAGGACGGGAGACGGGAAGUGACGGUCAGGCUCCACGUAGAGGAUUCCAGCGUGACGUGGAUUGUGGUGGCCUGUGUGUCCACUUCCUGUUUCCUGGCAGUGCUCUCUGUCUUCCUCUACGUUUUGCUCAUCAAGCCCAAACUCAAGAAGAAGACGAAGAAGAACGCCAACUACUUCCUGGCGCGCCAGGACAGCGCCUUCUAGUGGACGGUGCAUUUCUUUCUUUGGGCAGCAGAUGGCAGCAGCACCCACGACUCUGUCGUGUCAUGCAAACUGCCAGACUUGAACAGUUGUCACUCUCUCUCACACACACACACACACACACACACACACACACACACACGUUUUCAGGCUGAAUAAAAUCUAUACACCAACAGA